GCCAAUCACAUCAGGAAAAAGGAAAGAAUUUUUUCGAACGUUUCGAAGAUAGCACCACCAUGCAUGGGCGUAUUUGGUGAAAUCUUAUUUCUGAGUCUCAAGCCAUAGUUCUCCCAUACCCGUUAGUGCCCCAGAUCAAACACUGUCCCCAAUUUUAAGAAAAAGAAUAUAAAUAAAUGAAGCAAGAAUCUAGAAGCAACCAUUCCCAUUUCCCGCUUCUCCGCCUUUGUCAUUGGCUUUUCUCCAACGAAGAAGCUUGGCAGAAGCCAUGCUUCAGGGUGGGAGCCAAUACUUCAAGAACGGAGCCAAUGCUUCUGAUAAUUACGUCACACAUGGAAAAACUUCUUGCGCCACUCCGUGCACUCGAUCUUGUUGGUCCUUUGGGGGGGGGGUUUUCCUAUAUGUUUAUUCCAUAAAGCUUAUGAAACCGCGUCUCCAAGCCGUAUGUAUUUAUGCUAAGCCGACAAGCCGGGCGCCCCGAGAUAUUGUGCCCAGGAACACACCGCUUGCGCAUAUAACGAUCCUUUGUGGAUGUGAAGCGAAAAAGGACACGGUCGCAGCUUCUUCCGGGUUUUCCGAUAUCCGCCUUGUUGUCCCCUUCUUGGUGUCACCGGCCUUUCACCAUGGUCUUCACCAGCCCACCAUUUCUGGCCUGCUCCACAAGGUAAUCUCUUCCCUGGAGGUCGUACGUAUGGACCGUCAAGGCACCGGAUUCAAAAGAGGGCCAUUUCCUUGAAAUUCGACCUUUCUGAAAUCUCCGGCACGUAUUCGAAACGAUGUCGUCUGCACCACGACAUCAAGCCGAUACGAUGCCCUCAAGUUUUCUUUUGAUACGGAUCGCCGAUGCCUUGAUAUACGACCAAUCGACAGGAAAGAUUGAAG